AUGGCGCAAAUGAACGGAGACUCCGGCCUCACACUAACCGUCCUAGGCUGUGGCACAAUGGGCGUUGCAAUCCUGGGUGGCAUCAUGGCCUCCCUCACCUCGCCCUCAAAACCCCAAUCCUAUCCCGCCUCCACCGCACCCUCCGGCACCGCAACCCCCACCGAAGAACUCCCUCCACGCCUCCCCUCCCGCUUCAUCGCCUGCGUCCGCCGGCCCGAGUCCCUCAAAAAAGUCCGCAACGCGCUGAGCCAUUAUAACGUCCCCUUCAAAGCGCUCGUCAGCGACAACCUUCGCGGCGCGCAGGACGCAGACGUCGUGCUGCUCGGCUGCAAGCCGCAGAUGUUCCGGGAUAUCCUGGGCCAGGACGGCAUGCGCGAGGCGCUGGCGGGGAAGCUACUCAUCUCGAUCCUGGCGGGCGUCACGACGGAGCAGCUGGAAGAAUUUCUGUAUGGCGGCGUGUUGAGCGGGCAGAACUUCCCGCCGGAUCGGUGUCGCGUUGUCCGCGCUAUGCCGAACACGGCGUCCUUAGUCAGGGAGAGCAUGACUGUUGUUGCGACGAGCACGCCGCCCCUGGAUCCGGCGCAAGCGCAGCUUAUCAACUGGAUCUUCACGCGCAUUGGACGCGUCGUGACGUUACCGCCGACAGCCAUGGACGCGAGCACCGCGCUCUGUGGAUCUGGCCCGGCGUUCAUGGCGCUGGUGCUUGAAGCCAUUGCGGAUGGUGCGGUCGCUAUGGGGCUUCCGAGGGCGGAGGCGCAGAUGAUGGCUGCGCAGACGAUGAGAGGGACGACAGGGUUGGUGCUGAAUGGGGAUCAUCCGGCGAUAUUGAGGGAUAAGGUCUCUACCCCUGGAGGGUGCACCAUCGGCGGCUUGCUGGUGUUGGAGGAGGGUGGGGUCAGGGGUGCUGUUGCGAGGGCGGUGAGAGAGGCGACGGUCGUGGCGGCGCAGCUUGGGAAGGGCGUCACUGGUGUUAACGGCACCAGGUUUUGA